AGCGGCCGUCGCUGCGGCUGCGUGUGGGCUUUUCCAGGUACCGACCGGAGUUGUCGCUGACUGGUGGCAUCCGAGAGACAGGUGUUCGUCAUGCAGUUGAAGCACCUGAGGACCCUGCUGAGCCCUCAGGAUGGAGCUGCAAAGGUGACCUGCAUGGCUUGGUCCCAGAACAAUGCCAAGUUUGCCAUCUGCACAGUGGACCGAGUGGUGUUGCUAUACGAUGAACAUGAGGAGCGGAGAGAUAAAUUCUCCACCAAACCAGCUGACAUGAAGUAUGGCAGGAAGAGCUAUAUGGUGAAGGGCAUGGCUUUUUCUCCUGAUUCCACUAAAAUUGCCAUAGGACAGACCAACAACAUCAUCUAUGUGUACAAGAUUGACGAAGAUUGGGAUAACAAGACAGUCAUCUGUAACAAAUUUAUCCAGACAAUAAAUGCUGUCACUUGUCUGCCGUGGCCAGCAGAGCAGCACAUCUUGUAUCCAUUUUCCCAUUUUCAGGUUCGUUUAGCAAACACUAAAACUAAUAAAUCAUCUACCAUCUGUGGGACAGAUUCUUACGUGGUAUCACUGACAACAAAUUCCUCUGGGAAAGGAAUUCUCUCUGGUCAUGCAGAUGGCACCAUUGUUAGGUAUUUCUUCGAUGAUGAAGGCUCUGGAGAGUCACAGGGGAAGUUGGUUAACCACCCAUGCCCACCCUAUGCCUUGGCUUGGGCAACCAACAGCAUUGUGGCUGCAGGCUGUGGUCGGAGAAUUGUAGCCUAUGGAAAGGAAGGCCACGUGCUACAAACUUUUGAUUAUAGCCGUGACCCUCAGGAGCGGGAGUUCACCACCGCUGCUGCAAGCCCUGGGGGCCAGUCUGUUGUGUUGGGAAGUUAUGACAGACUUCAGGUACUCCACUGGAGCCCUUGAAGAAGUAUCUGGGAAGAGGCAAAGCCCAAGGAGAUUGCCAACUUAUAUACCGUCACUGCCUUGGCCUGGAAAUGGGAUGGCUCACGACUCUGUGCGGGCACACUCUGUGGCGGAGUGGAACUUUGCUGCGUCUGGAGAAGCAUUUACAAGAGUAAGUUUGAGUUGACGUAUGUGGGACCUAGCCAAGUGAUUGUGAAGAAUCUGUCAUCAGGGACCCAAGUGGUACUGAAAUCACACUAUGGCUACGAGGUGAAAGAGGUAAAAAUCCUCAGAAAGGAACGUUACCUGGUGGCCCACACGUCAGACACGCUGCUGUUGGGGGACCUGAACACUAAUCACCUUAGUGAGGUGGCUUGGCAGGGAUCUGGUGGCAAUGAGAAGUAUUUCUUUGAAAAUGAAAAUGUGUGCAUGAUCUUCAAUGCUGGAGAGCUAACCCUGGUGGAGUAUGGGAGUCAUGAUACCCUGGGUUCUGCACGUACUGAAUUCAUGAACCCCCACCUCAUCAGUGUCCGUAUUAAUGAGCGGCGUCAACGAGGGAUGGAAGACAAUAAGAAAUUGGCUUAUCUUGUUGAUGUUAAGACUAUUGCUAUAGUGGAUCUGACUGGUGGCUACAACAAUGGCACCAUCAGCCAUGAGAGCCGUGUGGAUUGGCUGGAACUUAAUGAAAUGGCCAAGCUUCUCUUCAGGGACCGGAAACUUCGUUUACAUCUGUACGAUAUUGAAAGCUGCUCUAAGACGAUGAUCCUCAACUUCUGCUCCUGCGUGCAGUGGGUCCCAGGAAGUGACGUGCUGGUGGCUCAGAACCGAAACAGCCUGUGUGUGUGGUACAACAUUGAGGCCCCCGAGAGGGUCACCACAUCCUCUCUUAGGGGUGAUGUGGUAGGUCUGGAGCGGGGUGGGGGGAAGACCGAGGUGAUGGUGACCGAAGGUGUGACAACUGUUGCCUACAUGCUGGAUGAGGGCCUGUUCCAGUUAGGAACGGCCAUUGAUGACGGCAACUACACCCGGGCCACAGCCUUCUUGGAGACUCUGGAAAUGACCCCAGAAACAGAGGCGAUGUGGAAAACCUUGAGCAAACUGGCACUCGAGGCAAGGCAGCUCCACAUCGUGGAGAGGUGCUUUUCUGCUUUGGGCCACGUAGCAAAAGCUUGAUUCCUGCAUGAGACCAAUGAGAUUGCAGACCAAGUGUCUCGGGAAUAUGGAGGAGAAGGAAUGGACUUUUACCAGGUCCGAGCACACCUAGCCGUGCUGGAGAAGAACUACAAGCUUGGAACAGGGCCUGCCCUGGCCGUGCUUGUGCACACAGGCAAAUCCAGAAAUGCCGUUGAGGAGGCUAUGGACAUGUACCAGGAGCUGCACCGUUGGGAUGAGUGUAUCGCUGUGGCUCAGGCCAAGGGGCACCCAGCCCUGGAGAAGCUGCGCUGGAGUUACUACCAGUGGCUGAUGGACACACAGCAAGAGGAGCAAGCUGGUGAGCUACUGGAGAGCCAGGGGGAUGGACUAGCAGCCAUCAGCCUCUACCUCAAAGCCGGGCUCCCUGCCAAAGCUGCCCGACUGGUGCCGGCCCGGGAGGAACUGCUAGCUAACACCGAGCUGGUAGAAAACAUCACUGCAGCCCUUAUCAAGGGGGAGCUGUAUGAAAGGGCAGGUGAUCUCUUUGAGAAGAUUCGAAACCCAGAGCGGGCCCUGGAGUGCUACUGUAAAGGCAGCGCAUUCAUGAAAGCGGUGGAGCUGGCUCGGUUGGCAUUCCCAAUGGAAGUGGUGAGACUGGAAGAGGCCUGGGGGGAUCACUUGGUGCAGCAGAAGCAGCUCGAUGCAGCCAUUAAUCACUACAUUGAAGCCAGGUGCUCCAUUAAGGCAAUUGAAGCUGCCCUGGGCGCCUGCCAGUGGAAGAAGGCCAUUUAUGUAUUAGACCUACAUGACCGGAACACUGCGUCCAAAUACUAUCCCCGCGUGGCCCAACACUGUGCGUCUCUGCAGGAGUAUGAGAUUGCAGAGGAGCUCUACAUUAAGGGAGACUGAACAGAAGAUGCAGUAGACAUGUACACAUGUACGCCGAUGCCAGGUCGGAACGUCUACUUCUGCCUGGCAGCUUCCGAGGGGGCUGGGGCCAGAUAG